CAGUGCACGACACGGAGGAAGGACUCCGUGGGUGCACGACCUCCUCUAUUCCUCUAUAAACUUUUAUAGAGGAGGUCGUAGACUCGUGGUUCGGUGCGCAGUGCAUUCAUGGUUACCUCGUGCUUUUCCGGAAGGCUGUCAUCAGCAUGAAUAAAAAGCGGUGCACCAAGCUGAACACUGAUGUGUUCACGAAAAAGGAUGCCAAUGGAGAUCUGAUAUCACUGUGGUGUCAGCCAACUUCUAAGGACAGCGAUGCCUUUUGCACGCUUUGCUGCACUACUGUGCAUUGUGGGCAACAUGGCACUGCAGCGAUAUACCGUCACGCAAGCUCUCAGAAGCACAUCGCACAAGCGAAGAGAAACCGCAAUGCAGAAGGUGCUCUUACCAAAAGUGCAAUGAUUCAAAGCACACUGGACCUACACAGUGCAACAGCGGUGUCCCUUCAAGAAAAGGUGACAAAGGCAGAAACUCUUCUUGCCCUUUCUGUGGUCUCGAGCAACCUUCCGUACACAUUUGAAGAUGUAGCAACGGCGAAGUACCCCCCCAUGUUUCCAGAUUCCGAGACGGCAAAAGGCUUCCAGUGUGGACGCAAGAAACUUUCAUAUACCAUUUCUGAUGGGCUUGGGCCGUAUUUCAAAGCAAAAGUUAUUAAGGAGCUCGACAUUCCCGACACAUUUUACAGCAUCAUGAUUGAUGAGAGCCCAAUCCCCGAGGCCAAGGUGCAACAACUGGAUGUGCUUGUGCGAUAUUAUAGCACUAACACCGAGAAUGUUCUAGUAGAGCAUCUCCAGUCAUUUCAUUUGGGUCACGCGACCGCUGAUGAGCUCUUUUCGUGCAUUGAGGAUGCCCUCAGUGAUGUUCGUAAGAACAAUAUGAUAUGUUUUUACAGUGAUGGCCCGAAUGUCAUGAAGAGCCUAAAGCGAAAGUUAAAGACGGAAGUGAGCCCCAACAUGGUCGACAUUGGUUGGUGAAUGUGGGCUCCACAAAGUCCAUAAAGCCUUUGCAGCUGGGCUAGAUAGCUUCGGUGCGAAAGUGGAGUCGCUUGUCACUGACGUCCACUGCUAUUUCAUGUUUGCCACAAGGCAUGCAGACAUGAAAGAUUUGCAGAGGGAUCUUGGAGUGCCCCAACUAGAAUUUUUGCGGCACGUGAGCAGCAGAUGGCUGACGUUGCUUCCUAGCGUUGAACGAGUGCUCAAGUCGUAUGAUGCCCUCACGGCGUUCUUCUCCAAGGCUGGACAGCCGUGGUCUUCAUUGUCCAUGAGGCAUGGUCGGCUGUCUUCCGCGUUUUCAGGCAAAGCACUGCAGGCAAAGCUGCUUUUUCUUCGUAACGCAGCUCAGAUAUUUGACAGAUUCCAGACACUGUUCCAAAGCAAGGACCCCCUCGUGCAUGUUGUCUAUGACGAGAUGGUGGCUCUUGUAAAGCAGGUCCUUGGAAGGUUCGUACGCCAAGAGUCAUUUGCAACGGCUAGUGGGGCGCAACUGAAAGAACGUGAUGUACACUCCGCUGCAAACUGGAAGGCAAAACCAGAAAUUGGCCUUGACACGGAGCUGUCAAUGGUGCAAUGGAAUCCUAGAGAGAAGAAGGCAUUUUACAUUGGUGCAAGAGCCUUCUACAUCGCCUGUGCCAAGCACUUGAUCUCGAGGCUUCCACUCGACAACAAGCUGUUGUUUCAUUUAAGGUUUUUAAACCCAGCCAUAGAAAGGAGUUCGACGACUCCUUCGCUGCGCUAUGUGGCUAACUCUCUGCCCCAAGUCAUCCCACCCUGCGAUGUGUCAUCACUCACCGAUGAGUGGAACUCCCUGAUCUGUGAAACCAGUGACUGGGAAUCGUCACCUAAUGUAGUCACUCAUUCGGCGAGCGUGUUCUCACUACAGACGCCUGCUGGGCAGGCUAAGUACCCGAAGGUCACCAAGCUUGUGAAAGCAGUCUUGUCGCUACCUCACGGUAACGCAGACUGUGAACGAGGGUUUAGUGAAAACAAACAGACAGUGCACCAUCGAAGCACAUUGUCUAUAGCAAGCAUUUCUAGCCUUCGGCAAACCAAGGCCUUUAUGAAAAGGUACAGUGGAGAUGCUACAAAGGUGCCUCUCACCAGGGACAUCCAAAGAAGUGUUAAAAAGUCCCACAAGGUGUACCGGGAGCGAAUUGAACGAGAAAACGCUGCGACGUUCCAGGAGCGAAAGCAUGAGGAGGAGGAGCUAAGUGAACACUGCGAGCGAAAGAAGCUGAUCAACGAGAAGUCGAGCCUCCAAAACCGACUGUCGUCUCUCAAAGCUCUGCUUGCAAGUUCACAAGAGCUUAUAAGCGAAGGUCUGGCUGCCAAAGACAUGGACAAAGUGGAGAGUGGCAAUGUUUUGCUGGGGGAUGUGAACUCUAAACUGCCCUCUGUGCUUGAGCGAAUCAAAGCAGUUGACUUGGCUCUUCAGUCUAUGAAGGCAACCUGAAUCCUUGUGAAAAUGGUGUUUGUGUGCACAUCUCAUUACGUGGCUGUGUUGUGUUUUUGUGUUUAGCGGCAAG